GAGCGAACACCGCUUAUCCUGAGCUCAUCGGAAGAACAGGCAAUAGGUCCGCUCAAAAACGAUCCAGAAAUCAUCAUUUUAACUACUGAAGCGAGACCUCUGCCUUCAAGUGAUUCAAAGGAACGUCUAGUAUCCAUCGAUGUCUUUAGAGGCUUCACCGUGGCCCUGAUGGUUUUGGUUGAUGACGCCGGAAAAGCAUUUCCGACUAUAAAUCACUCUCCUUGGGUUGGUGUAACACUCGCGGACUUUGUGAUGCCAUUUUUCCUCUUUGUUGUUGGGCUUUCAGUGAGUCUUGUUUUCAAG